AUGGGUUCAUAUGAGGUAGCUGAAAAUGGAAUUUAUAAAAUAACAAAAAAUAAUGAACCAUCUGAAGCUAUAAUGAUGUGUAAUAUGAGAGAAAUAUGUGUAGCAGAUAAUGGAAAUGAAAUUGCUAAAGAUGCAGCACCAGAGGGGAUUAAAAUAAAUGAAAAUGAAAUUACUAAUGUAUUACCGGAAAAAAAUCCAAACUCCCAAAUACCAGAAAGUGAGGAAGAAAUAAUUCAAGUAAAUAAAAGAGUUGAUGAAGCACUAAAUAAUAAUAAUUUAACAACUACAACACAAGUAUCAGCUGUAGAUACAACUACUGUAUCAGUACAAACAACAUCAGAGAUAUUAACAGAAAAUUCAUCAGUUGUUAAAAGUUCUUCAAAUAUACCAGAAUCAGAGAAUGAAGAUACAUCCUCUCAAUCACCAUUAACUUCUUUACAAACUCUUUCAACACCAUUAGUAGAUACUUUAACAGAGACAGGAUCUGGGGUAGAAAUUACAACAAAAAAUAAUGAAAUUCAAACGACACUUCUCCAAACUGUUUCUGAUAUAACUACGAGUUCUGGAGAUUUAAGAAAAGAAGAAAUAAAUAUUACAACUACAGAUAUUCCAUCAAAUAUAACAAUCCCAGAAAAUUUAACAGGAAGUACUCCAACAUUUAACAUCUCAUUAGUUGAUACAACAACAUCUUCAAUAAUUAAUCAGGAAACGACAACACUUAUAAAUUUAUCUUCUACAAAAAGUGCCGAACUCAACCCACUUACAGAAACUGUUAAUAAUCCAAUAACAACCAAUUCAUCAUUAGGGACUCAAGGAAAUGAAUCAAAAGAAUUUGAUAAUUCUAAUGAGUCCGGAGAUUUAACAACAAAAUUACAAGAGACAACUCAAACACCAUUAAUAAUUACGACAUCUAAUCCAAUUAUUAUUCAAGAACAACAAACUACAAUAAUUAAUAAUAAUAAUAAUAAUGUCCCACAGGAAUUAAAUGCAACAACAGAAUCUUUAAUUGUAAAUGUUACAAAUACAACAACAUUAAAUAUUGAUACUACAACAACUUCUCAAACAACAACAUUAAUAAAUACUGAAAUGAUAUCUAAUCAAAAUAUUACAAAUACCUCAACACCUGAAACAAUAAAUAAAUUCCUUGAAUCUCAUGAAUCAGAUAAUUCUAAAGAAAAUAAAGAAAUUAUAGAUCAAAUAAACAAUGAUAAUGGUAAAAAUAAUACAUGUGGUGAUAGUCAUAAAGAUUUAUCAAUAUGUGAAAAUUACAUGAAUGAAUAUCUUAAUAGAGUAGAUACAUGGGCACGUCAAAGAAAUGAUACAUUAGAUAAUCAGUUAUGGAAAGCAUGUUCAUUACUUAAAAAAGUACCUCAUGUACCAACAUUAUGUUGUCAUAUAUUUAGUUUUAAAUGUGGUUCUCAUGUCACUAGACCUCCAACAGCUACCACAACUAUUUCAAGUCUUGUAUAA